AUGAUUUUGCUAUUUCUCAUUCUGAAUCUAAUAAUCGCCAUUAAGAGUCGCCUACCAGAUCAUACCUAUAUUCCAACUUCAGAUUGUCAAUUCGAAGUACACAAGGAUGGUCCGGAUGGUGUUCUUGUUGAAGGUGCCGAGAUUGAUAUGCAACUAUAUUAUAAAAUUCAAUGCAAACCUGUUGACGGUUACUGCUUGAAAGUUUCCAAUUGCACCGUCAGUCCAGACAGUUCAUCUCAUGAAGCUUCUUAUCCAAUCAUUGAUUCUGAAGGCUGUUCAUUGGAGAAAUCAUUGUACGAGGACGUUCAGUACACGGAUGACUUCACUGCUGGCAUUGUGAACCCUUUCCCGAUUCGUUUCCGAAGUUCCUCUUCUGCCGUAAUCUUCUAUUGUGCAACUUCUUUACAACCCAGAGAUUCGAAAUUCGGCAAGUGUUCUCAUCCAAAGUGUUCUUAA